CUGAGCUAGCUGCGCGCGUGAUCGAUCCAUGUAUUUGGAACCUGUAUGGCUUUACGAGUGGGGGUGUAAACAUUAGUUGAAGUCCAUCCAAAAUCGCCCGGUAAAUAUCAAAAUCUAGGUCUGUCACAGUGAGAACCCAAGAUGUCUGGGGAUGCAAACCCCAACACAUCCCUCAACAACAGCAGCAGCAGCAAAGAUCCUGUGAUGAAUGGCCCUUCAGCUGCUGAGCUGCGGAGGGCAGCCAACUACCCCUAUGGACUUGUCCAGCCCUUGCUCACAGAUCAAUACCAGGUGACCAUGGCCUAUGCUUACUGGAAGAGUGAUCGGAACAAUGCCAGUGCUGUCUUUGACUUCUUCUUUAGGAAGAACCCAUUUGAUGGAGAAUUCACUAUCUUUGCAGGACUGAGCGAAUGCUUGAAGUUCCUCCAGGAUUUUGAAUUCAGUGAUUCUGACAUUGCAUACCUGAAAACGACCCUACCCCCUUCAACAGAGGAGGGAUUCUUUGAAUAUCUUAAGACCCUUGAUUGCUCUAACAUUGAAGUCUAUGCCAUUCCUGAGGGGAGUGUUGUAUUUCCCAGAAUGCCACUGUUACGACUUGAAGGACCUUUGCCCCUUCUGCAGUUGAUUGAGACACCACUCUUGACACUUAUCAAUUUUGCAAGUUUGGUAACAACCAAUGCUGCAAGAUUCCGGUUAGCAGCAGGUAAAGAGAAGGUACUAUUAGAGUUUGGUCUAAGGAGAGCUCAAGGGCCUGAUGGUGGACUAUCAGCAUCAAGAUACUGUUAUAUGGGAGGUUUCAAUGGGACCAGUAAUGUACUAGCAGGAAAGCUAUUUGGCAUUCCAAUCACUGGAACUCAUGCACAUUCCUUUGUCAUGUCAUUUGGUGGACUGAGUGAAGUCAAGAAUAGGAUGAUUCAACCAGCAGAUGAAAGCAAGACACCUGUUGACUUUGUAGAGAUCUGUCUCCGAUGUCGUAAGAAGAUCUGUGAUGUCAUUAAUGUUCUCCAAGAACAGACAAAUGAGGGCGAGCUUGCUGCAUUCAUUGCAUAUGCAGUUUCCUUUCCUACAGGUUUUUUGGCACUUGUGGACACAUAUGAAGUACUCAAGAGUGGAGUUGCCAAUUUCCUAGCUGUUACAUUAGCCCUUGAUGAGGUAGGCUAUAAGGCUAAAGGCGUUCGUAUUGACAGUGGUGACCUUGCCUACCUGUCUCUCUGUGUUAGAGAUAUCUUCAAGAAAGUCGGAACUGAAUUCAGUUUACCUUGGUUGGAGAAACUGAUGAUUGUAGCCAGCAAUGAUAUUAAUGAAGAAACAUUAUUAUCUCUCAACCAACAAAUGAUCUCACAAACUAUCCUUGCCAAUAAAACAAAGGGUCAUGGUAUUGAUGCAUAUGGUAUUGGCACCCAUCUAGUGACCUGCCAAAAGCAACCCAACCUUGGUGGAGUUUGUAAGCUUGUACAAAUCAAUGGAGUUCCGAGAAUCAAACUGAGCCAAGAUGUGUCAAAGGUCACCAUCCCAGGUCGCAAGGUCGUCUACAGACUGUUUAGUAGUGAAGGUCAUGCAUUGAUUGAUUUAAUGCAGCAGGUGGAUGAGGAACCCCCUAAACCAAUGGAAAGAGUUCUGUGUAGGCAUCCUUUUGAGGAAUCAAAGAGAGCAUAUGUUAAAGCUGGACGAGUUGAAAUCUUACACAAGCUAUAUCUCAAGAAUGGACAACUAUGCCAAACACUGCCUACUCUUGAAGAGAAAAAGAAAUUGGUUCAGGAUUCUCUUGAUUCUCUACGACAUGACCAUAAGAGAGCACUCAACCCAACACCGUACAAGGUAUCUGUGAGUGACCGGUUGUAUCACUUCUUACAUGACCUAUGGCUAGCUAAUGCUCCGAUUGGUGAACUGUACUAGGAAAUCCUUUGCAAGGUCAAAGGUCUUAAUAUUUUUUUUCAAGUAUGACCAAAUAUGGCAUAGUUCUGCUGUAAACACAAUGCAUGUAGGGUAAAAUUUAUUAGACCAGCAACUCUCUUUCAAGCAUCAGCAAUAUGAUUGUGAAUUAAGAGUAUUUUUCUGUAAGGAAAUGUUUCAAGACCAUUUAUAUUUUUCUAGUUAAUGUAUGGGGUUUCUUUCUUAGUUUUUCUUUGGUCCACUUGUUGUAGUCAUGAUAGAUUUAAUAUUCAAUAUAGCUUAAUUGUUGUUCAAUAUAUGUAUAUUCUUGUGAUUUGAAUGAAAGCCGCAUUGAAUAUAUCGCUUUUAUAAAGCUUAGCUCAGGAGUUCAUUUUUCUGUCAUAUCGGUUCUGUGCAGCAUGAUUUGAAAUUUGUUCAAUUGAAUACAUGGUCAAAUUUAUUCCCUCUACAUUUGCAGAUGCCUAUCAUCAUUAGUGCUUUCUUGAUCAUGAAUUUAAUUUUAAUUGAGGGGGGGGGGACGUGAAUGGUUAUUGUGACAAUCAGUGAUUUUCAGUUUUAUUUGCUCCUAUAUCAUGUGAACUAACAUUCACUGCCUACUCUACUGUUCCAAUUUAAUUGCCAUGAUGUAUUUGUUAUUCAUUUUAUUUAUUUUGUCAUUAUUUAAAAGGGUAACCCCAUCAGUAAUUGAAAUACUGUUAGAUCUGUAUUUUUUUAUUAAUAUAAAGAUGGAAAUCAUACAUGUAUGCCUGGUUUUAGAAAGUUGUCAAACUUCUCAUCAAAAUAAGGAUAUUAACAUGAGAAUUAAUUAUGCCUAAUAUUUUGGUUGAAUCUCAUCGUUAUUUGUUGUAUUUGAUGCUUAUAUUUGAUUGGACCAAGAUUUUUCCCAUGUGGUAUUGGAUAAAUUCGAGAUCAGGGAAUGGAUUCAUCAAACUUUUCAGCACUGAGUUUUCAGCUCUGACAAUAUAAGUGGUAUCUUUGGGAUUUGAUUAGCUGAGUAGCAUUGGUCUGAUCCAGUUACCCUAAGUAAU